AUGCAUAUUAAGACAUAUCGAUACAUACAUAGUGUGCGAGAGAGAGAGAGAGAGAGAGACACACACAUGGAGUCUUGGGUUAGAACUGUGGUGUUGGUGUCUUGCCUUCUUCUUCCUACGGUUGUAGAAUGCAAAGUUCGGCACUACAAGUUCAAUGUGGUGUUGAGGAAUAAAACGCGGCUGUGUCAAACGAAGCCGAUCGUCACCGUCAACGGUCGAUUCCCAGGGCCCACUCUCUAUGCAAGGGAGGGUGAUAACGUGAUUGUCAAGGUCACUAAUCACGUCAAAUACAACGUUACCAUUCACUGGCACGGAGUCCGACAGCUCCAAACAGGUUGGUUUGAUGGGCCAGCAUACAUCACACAAUGCCCGAUCCAGACCGGUCAAAGCUACGUAUACAACUUCACUAUCACGGGCCAAAGAGGCACACUUCUGUGGCACGCUCACGUCCUCUGGCUACGAGCCACCGUGCAUGGUGCCAUCGUCAUCCUACCCAAGCUCGGCGUUCCGUAUCCGUUCCCAAAGCCCGAUAAGGAAGAAAUCAUCAUAUUGGGCGAAUGGUGGACGUCGGAUGUUGAAGCUGUGAUCAAUACAGCCAUGGCGGCCGGCCAGGCGCCAAACGUAUCAGAUGCCCACACGAUCAACGGUCAUCCUGGCCCACUCUCAAAUUGCUCUCAACAAGGGGGUUACAAGUUACAAGUAGAGCCUAGCAAGACAUACCUCCUCCGAAUCAUCAAUGCUGCCCUCAAUGAAGAGCUUUUCUUCAAGGUGGCCGGACACUCGCUGACCGUCGUCGAGGUAGACGCCGUCUACGUCAAGCCCUUCAAGAUCGACACCAUCCUCAUCACACCAGGCCAGACCACUAACGUCCUCCUAACCGCCAAUCAAAGCUUGGGACGAUACCUAAUCACCGCAUCCCCAUUCAUGGACACUCCAAUCGUCGCUGUCGAUAACAUGACCGGCACCGCCACCGUACACUACUCAGGCACACUUGCCACAUCAGCAACUACACUCACUACCCCACCUCCCCAAAACGCCACUCCGGUAGCGAACAACUUCAUAUUAGCCCUUCGAAGCCUGAAUUCAAAGGCGUUCCCGGCCAAUGUUCCACUGACCAUUGAUCACUCCCUUUUCUUCACCGCCGGCAUGGGAGUCAAUCCAUGCUCGACGUGCGUAAACGGGAGCCGGGCCGUAGCCGCUAUGAACAAUGUGAGUUUUGUGAUGCCAACAACCGCUAUUCUUCAAGCUCACUAUUUCAACAUAAGUGGCGUAUACACCACUGAUUUUCCAGGCAACCCUUUGAUCACGUUCAAUUACACCGGCACACUUCCUACAAACCUUCAGACACUGAACGGGACGAGAGUAUACAAGCUUGCAUACAAUUCAACGGUUCAGCUCGUCCUACAAGAUACGGGUUUUAUCGCCCCCGAGAAUCACCCGAUCCAUUUGCAUGGGUUCAAUUUCUUUGGGGUUGGAAGGGGGGUGGGGAAUUUCAAUGCGACAACCGAUCCUGCUAAUUUCAAUCUGGUCGACCCCGUUGAGAGGAAUACGAUUGGGGUCCCGUCAGGUGGAUGGACCGCUAUCCGAUUCAGAGCUGAUAAUCCAGGUGUUUGGUUCUUGCAUUGUCAUUUGGAAGUGCACACGACAUGGGGUCUGAAAAUGGCAUUUUUAGUAGACAACGGAAAAGGCCCCAAAGAAUCGCUUAUACCGCCCCCAAGUGAUCUUCCUACUUGUUAGGCCUGCCAAACACGCCAAAAUCAGAUAAUGUGAAGAUUCUUCAAGUAAACAGAAUGAACAAGAAAUGAGAGAUCGAGAGAGAAACCGAGAGAGCUUUUAAGGUUCUGUCGUUCUUGAGACGAGCGGGGUGAUGAGUAUGGAUGAAUUGAAUAAGUUCGGGCGAGUUUUACAGCUUCAUUUCUGGGUUUUUUUUUCCUUGUGAUUACACGCAUUUUAAUGUAUGUUUGGAUACUUUCAAAUUCCAAAGGAUCUUUGUAAUAAUUAUAUUGAUAUAUGCGAAAUUGUGCUUCAAGUUGAAAAUCUUG